AUGCAACUGCAACAAGACCGCGAUAACGAGUGGACGUCAAGAGCGAUGGAGUUUGAGAAGGCGUGGGAGGACAGGAACCCGCGGAAAGCCUAUGCUCUACUAAAACAGUAUAGCGGCAAAAUGAAAAGAUGUUCUCCAGUCCUCAACACUGCCAAUGGAGUAGCUGUCGGUGAAGCAACCCUUCCAAUUUGGAGGGAACACUUCAAGACCUUGCUGAACCGGCUAGCACCGUCAGCUCCUGAACUCGAGCACGUUCAUAGACCGACAUAUGCGGUUAACGAGGAGCCACCGACCGAGUCGGAAGUUCUAGUCUGUGUUCAAAAAAUUAAGAAUAGAAAAUCUGGUGGAAACGAUGGGAUUAGCGCAAAAAUGCUAGAAUAUCUUCCUCCGUCUGGGAUUCGUGAGAUGACAAUGAUCAUCCGUUCAAUAUGGAUAGACGAAAGGAUACUUGAUUCGUGGAGACACGCUAUCAUAAUUCCCCUCCACAAGAAAUUAUCCGUCACGGACACUAGGAAAUAUCGAGGAAUCUCUUUGCUGCGUGUUAUGUACAAGGUAUUGGAGCGCAUUUUCCUGGAGAGACUCAUUAAACAUCACGAAGAAACAACGCGCGACGAGCAAGCUGGCUUUCGUCCUGGCUGA